AGUCGGAUCAUUUCUGGUGCAAAAAUGGAAUAGACCCACAUUGUUUAACAGCCAUUGGACGCUCUCAAGAAGUCCUAAUGCGUGUAGGCAGUUGACAUCCGCAUAUUUUGUGGCGACAACGGAACGUCGGUAGAAGCUCAAAUAUUUCUCACGUUGCUCGUCAUUGUCGUCGGUUCGAAAGGAAAUACUUAAAAGGUCAGGUGAUGAUAGUCUGAUUGUUGAUAAGAAAUAACAGAAUCAUAAAUAAUCAUGAAAAUUGAAUGAAUUAAUUCAGGUGGAGAGGAACAUUGACUUGGUAUACAGAGGAGGAAGCAGUGGUUUGAUGGGUUUAAUAUCACAAGUUGUGUUUGAUGGAGGACGCCACGUCAUAGGGUAACUCAGCCAUCAACCUUAACCAGCCCCACCGUAGCUUUCUGUGUUUGUUUUUCUGUUAUACCGAUCAAGUUUCCUAUUGCUGUAGGGUCAUCCCUAAGACUCUUAUGCCAAGAGAGGUACUGUGUUCAAUUUUAUUUGUCUUGCUCAAAAAGAAAUUACUAAGUUUGUUUGUGAGUACAACUCUAACUCAUUUACUAAUAUUAUGAGGAAUCACAAGACAGAGGAGAGUGUAUCGGGGACGCACCAACGCAAGGCGGAAAUGGCUCGAGAAGCUGAUGCUUUCAUUGCCUUGCAGGUUCUUUUCUUUCUUCGUAGCUCCAUUGUGGUAACUCUUAGCAAGUGUUUGCAUUAUCGUCACAAAGCAUGCAAGUAAAAACACCAUUACAAUGUGACUUUGAACCAGUAUGUGUAAAUAAUAAACAAAUUGGCAUGGCUUUAGUCUUAAGUUGCAAACUUAAAAGAGUAUGUCUAAUCUCAUUGCAGUUUUUUUAACACUAAUACUCCUAUUUCUGUUCCUAUUGUUAUGUAUAGGUGGAUAUGACACCCUGGAAGAACUAUUGGAAGUGAUCACUUGGGCUCAACUAGGAAUCCAUGAUAAAUCAGUGGGUUUAUUGAACGUAGAUGGUUUCUAUAACUCUUUGCUGUCAUUCAUGGACAAUGUUGUAGAUGAAGGUUUCAUAACACCAGCUGCCCGUCAUAUUAUUGUGUCUGCCCAAACUGCACAAGACCUCAUCUGCAAGCUUGAGGAAUACGUCCCCAAGCACUGUGGUGUGGCCCCGAAGCAAAGUUGGGAGAUUGACCAGCAAUUUGGCUUACCAGGUUCAUGCGCCAACCAAACGCUCGUUUUCGAGUAGGUAAGCAGGAAACGGUGAUUGGCAGCUAUUAAUAUGUGAUUUUAAGCGGGGUAUAUUUGGAUGCGCACUUUUACAUCUGUGGCACCUCAGCU